AAAGGGGGCGUGUCCUGUUAGCCUGCCGUGCUAACUGCGAGCUAAAGUUUGACUCCACUUUCACUUUUGGGAACAGUUUCGGGAAUACCGAGCCUGGGAUGAGCACGGCUUCCAGGGAAAACGAAACCAGCCGCCGCCAGAGUUCGUGUCGGACGCGGUUCGGGUCGCAGGACGCGGACAUUUGACCGUCUCCGCGGGGUUUUUGUGACAGUUCGCAUCCGGAGGUCGACUCGAAGAUUUGCGGAGGAACGACGCGCGGUUAGCGGGUUAGCAUGGACGGCAGCAACGAGGAGCGCGGAGCCGAGAGGCUGAUGGAUGAAUACCUGAAGACCGUCGGCCUGCAUCGGAAGAGGGUCGCCAAAGACGGGUCGUGUUUGUUUCGGGCCGUCGCCGAGCAGGUAAAGAGACACCUGAGGAGGGAUUUUCUGAUCUUCCAGGAGCCCGGCAAACCAGCCGUCAACAUCACAGACAACAACUUCAAGGACAAGGUGCGGUUGUGUUUCCUGAACGGGAAUCACUACGACAGCGUUUAUCCCAUCACCCACAUUCAGAGCGCCGCUCUCUGCCAGUCCAUCGUGUACGAGCUGCUGUACGACGGCGUGUUUAAAGUCGAGCGCAGCUUUCUGGGUCCGUGCCAGCGGAUGAGUCGACCCUCUGAUGUCCUGAGCGACGACAGCAUGCCCGUCUGUGGCAGCAGCGACGAGUCCGACCUGGACGCCGGCGAGGCGCUCUGGGUAGAAAAUGGAACAAGCUCGACGACUACAAGACACCACAGUUACAGGGUAAAACGCAUGAAAUUAAUCGUGUACAGACCUGCUGAACUGCCCUGA